AUGAACCGCGGACUGGAGUGUGGUUCAACAUCAUCAAAAUUUUGGCACCGGGCUCAACUGACUGGAGACCUGAAUGAUGGUGACUGCUCCCUGGUUAUAAAUAACGUUAAGCAGAAUGAUCAAGGUCCUUACUACUUCAGAGUAGAAUUUAAGAGCAACCGCAAUUACGAAUACCCUGUCAUACAGCUUUAUGUCUCUGAUUUCAUGGAUAAACCCUCGAUAUUCCCUGCUGAAGUGGUUGCAGGAAAGCCAGUGAACAUAAUGUGCACCUUCAGUACCAUGUGUGACGAGACGGCGCCCACCUUAACCUGGGUCACCCCCACUGAUGUACCACCGUCAGUCAUAGGCAACGUAACUCAGCGGGGAGACACUCGGACAUACACUUCUGUUCUGACCCUGACCCCAGAGCUCAAACAUCACGGGGAAACUCUCACCUGCAAAGUCAGAUACCCAUCUGUUUCAUCAGAGCGGACCAUCACACUGACUGUGCAACGUGGCUGUGACAGGAUUGAAAAAUGUGUCAUCGCUGGAAUCACCAUUGGAGCUCUGGUCAUCGUUGGUAUGGUCAUCACUAUCACCAUAAUCUUCUGGGCAAAGUGCUGUCACAGCAAACGAGAAAAUGCCUUGGCCCAGCCGAAGGUGCAGAAAGCUGAAGGUGAGGUGGUGGAUGUGGAGUCUCUCUAUCAGGAACUGCGUGCUAGCGAUCAGAAACUGUACAGCGACAUCAAGCCCAGCUACAACUGAACCCAUGUCAAAGCCUCUCUGUGUGCACUCCCCCCGUGCCCUCUUUCUGUGACGUUUCUCUCCUCACUCUCUUCUCACUCUCUGUGUUCUCCCUCUCUCCGUGCCGCACGUCUCUGCUUUUCCCUCCCCCUCCCUGCGCACGCUCAAUCCUGCUCCCUGGAUGCUCUGUCCCCUGCUCCACACUCUUCCCCCACCCUGCACGUGCUCUCUCUCCUCCGUCCCUCUGCUGAUGAAGCCAAACAUACCAUCUGCCCUCUUUAACAUAUUGGCCUCGUCAUAAAGCGUGAGUGACAGAAUAAAACAAAGAUAUAAAAAGAACACUGCAAAACUUUUUUUUAAAGCAAGAAAAUUACCCCAAAGUACCUGACCUGGAGUUUAAAAUCAGAGACAUAUAUCAGAGUGUCCAGUCACAUUCCACAACGAGGGUUAUGGUCCUCUCUGCUGCCUCAUGUUCAUUCUCCGCCACACACUGAUGGAUUCCAGUGAUCUGGUUGUCACUUUAGGAAACUCCAAACACAGCUUGUUGCUGGGCCUUGUUCGGUUCACUGUGAUACCGAGGUGAUUCCAAUCAGGUUAGACGCUGGUCAUUGACUUCAGGAAAGGGGGCGGUGUACAUGCUCCUGUCUACAUCUACGGUGCUGAGGUCGAGAGGGUUGAGAGCUCCAAGUUCCGGGGUGUGAACAUCACCAGCAGCCUGUCCUGGUCAAAUCACGUAGAUGCCACGGCCAAGAAAGCUCACCAGCGCCUCUACUUCCUCAGGAGGCUAAAGAAAUUUGGUUUGUCCCCUUUGACUCUCACUAACUUUUAUCGAUGCACCACAGAAAGCAUCCUAUCUGAAUGUAUCACGGCUUGGGACGGCAACUGCUCUGCCCAGGACCGCAAAAACUGAGGAGAGUUGUGGACAGAGCUCAGCGCAUCACGGACACCAGCCUCCCCUCCUUGGAGUCCAUCUAUAUCUCUCAUUACCUUGGCAAAGCAGCCAGCAUAAUCAAAGACCCCGCUCACCCAGGACAUUCUCUCUUCUCUCCUCUUCCAUCAGGCAGAAGAUACAGGAGUCUGAGGGCACGUACCAACAGACUUAAGGACAGCUUCUACCCCACUGUGAUAAGACUAUUGAACGGUUCCCUUAUACGAUGAGCUGGACUCUGACCUCACGAUCUACCUUGUUGUAACCUUACACCUUAUUGCACUGCACUUUCUCUGUAGCUGUGACACUUUACUCUGCACUGUUAUUGUUUUUACCUGUACUACAUCAAUGCACUCUGUACUAACUCAAUGUAACUGCACUGUGUAAUGAAUUGACCUGUACGAUCGGUAUGCAAAGCAAGUUUUUCACUGCACGUCGGUACAAGUGACAAUAAUAUACCAAUCCCAAUUGUCUACAGAGAUGGAGGAGCACAAGGAGAGGACAAGCUAACUUUGGCAGAUACUGUAAAGGAGAAUCCUAAGAUUCUACAGGUACAUUGAGAGCAAA